UUUAGUCCCGGGCUAGGUGUUGCGGCAGGCGCCAUUUUACCGAGUCGCCUGUCGCGGGUGCCGCCAUGUUGGUGAGGAGAAAUCACCGUUACGGCCACUGUCCAAAUCCCCGCGUCGCUGCGCGCCGCCCGCCCGCUCCCAAGCCUCAGCCACCGGCGGCGAAUAGAGACUAAAGCGGCAGCGCCGGCAGCGCGGGGCCGUGGCCCAGUGUUUGCAGUUAGAGCCCCACCUCUCUGGCGUGGUUGUUAAUAGACUGGAAAGUCUGUGUCUGUGUCGCUCACUAGUAACCGUGAGUUUUUACCACUUCGUCACCUCCCGGCGGCGGCCGGGAGCAGGUACCCGCAGGCGGCGCAGGGAUCCUCCCCGCGCCCCGCCGCCGCCGGCCUCGCAGACCUGCCCUCCAGCCCCGCCCCGUUCUUGACCAAACAUGACAGACUCUGAACAUGCAGGGCACGACAGAGAAGAUGGUGAAUUAGAAGAUGGUGAAAUAGAUGAUGCAGGAUUUGAAGAAACACAAGAACAGGAAGCAAAAGAGGAUGAAAAGCAGAAAAAUGAGAAAGCCUACAGAAAAUCAAGGAAAAAACACAAGAAAGAAAAAGAGAAGAAAAAGUCCAAAAGGAGAAAACGUGAGAAACAUAAGCAUAAUUCUCCAUCCAGUGAUGAUAGUUCAGACUACAGCCUUGAUUCAGAGGUCGAACAUACAGAAAGUUCCCACAGAAAAAGAAGUGGUUUCUACAGGGAUUAUGACAUUCCAUUUCCUCAGCAUGGACAUAUAUCAGGAAGCUACAUGGCAUCAAAGAAGAGUCAACAUAACAGAAAAUUUAAAAGUAAAGAAUAUGAUGAGUACAGUACCUACAGUGAUGAUAACUUUGGUAACUACAGUGAUGACAACUUUGGUAACUACAGUCAGGAAACAGAGGAAGAUUUUGCCAGUCGGCUGAAACAAUACAGGCAAGCUAAAGAAACCUCAAAUACUGCUUUAGGAUCAUCCUUUUCUAAAGAACCAGGGAAAAAACAAAGAUUGAAAGGGAUUCAGCAAGGUAUUGAACAGAGGGUUAAAAGUUUUAAUGUUGCUCGUGGACGCGGCUUGCCGAAGAAAGUCAAACGCAAAGACCGUGGAGGAAGGGCCAAUAAAGGGCCUAAUGUGUUUUCAGGAACGGAUGACUUUCAAGAGUAUAGUAAACCAGGGAAAAAAUGGAAGGUUAUGACUCAGGAAUUUAUUAAUCAGCACACAGUGGAACAUAAAGGAAAACAAAUCUGUAAAUACUUUCUGGAAGGGAGAUGUAUUAAGGGAGAUCAAUGUAAAUUUGAUCAUGAUGCAGAGUUGGAGAAGAGAAAAGAGAUCUGCAAAUUUUAUUUACAAGGAUAUUGUACCAAAGGAGAGAACUGCAUUUAUAUGCAUAAUGAAUUUCCGUGCAAGUUCUAUCAUAGUGGAGCAAAAUGUUACCAAGGAGACAACUGUAAAUUUUCACAUGAUGAUCUCACUAAAGAAACAAAGAAACUUUUGGACAAAGUGUUGAAUACUGAAGAAGAAGCUACAAAUGAAGAUGAAAGAGAGUUAGAAGAACUUAGAAAGCGUGGCAUAACUCCUCUUCCCAAACCGCCUCCAGGAGUUGGGCUUCUGCCAACCCCACCAGAGCAUUUUCCCUUUUCUGAUCCCGAAGAUGAUUUUCAGACAGAUCUCUCUGAUGAUUUCAAGAAAAUUCCAUCUCUCUUUGAAAUAGUUGUAAAACCUACUGUGGAUUUAGCACAUAAAAUUGGGAAGAAGCCACCAGCAUUUUAUAACAGUGCCUCACCACCAGGACCACAAUUUCAGGAAAGCAGCCCACAUACUCAACAUAUGUAUAGUUCUGGGUCAAGUCCAGGUCCCGGACCUAAUAUGUCUCAGGGACACAAUAGUCCUGUGAUGCACCCAGGCUCCCCUGGACAUCAUCCAUGCGCAGGACCUCCUGGUCUACCAAUGCCGCAGAGCCCACCUUUGCCGCCUGGUCCACCUGGAAUUGUAGGCCCUCACAGUCAAGCGGGAGUACUUGUUCAACCGGAUACACCUUUGACACCACCAAAUAUGAGUGGUGCUUACCAUUGCCCUGGCUUUCCAGAACACAUGAUGAAAGUACCUAGAGAGAAUCACUGUUCUCCAGGUUCAUCACACCUGCAAAGUCCUGGUGAAAUGCAGCUCAAUACCAAUUAUGAGUCCUUACAAAACCCAGCUGAGUUUUAUGAUAAUUACUAUUCACAGCAUGCUGUACAUAAUUUUCAGCCACCCAAUAACUCUGGUGAUGGGACGUGGCAUGGUGAAUUUGCCCAGCAUCAGCCUCCUAUCGUUCAAGACUCACCUACCCGCGGGAGUGGGUCUGACAGCAGCAGUAAUGUGACAGGCCAUGGCCCCCUGCCUGCACCAGGUCUCCUCCCUGCAGUGCAGAGAGCUCUUUUUGUUAGACUUACUCAGAAAUACCAAGAAGAUGAAGAACCAGGCAGCACCCAACCUCAGAGGGCACCAAGCAAGGAAGAAGAUGAUACUGUUAACUGGUAUUCCAGUAGUGAAGAGGAAGAAGGAAGCAGUGUCAAGUCAAUACUGAAAACAUUGCAGAAACAAACAGAAACUUUAAGGAGUCAACAACAACCUUCCACAGAACUCAGCACUCCUACUGAUCCAAGACUUGCUAAAGAGAAAAAUAAAGGAAACCAAGUGGUUGACCCUAGACUUAGGACUAUCUCAAGGCAAGACGUUAGAAAAUCUUCUGAGUCUACCCCACUGGAUCUUAGACUUGCGUGGGAUCCCAGGAAAUUAAGAGGGAAUGGAAGUGGUCACGUAGGUUCUUCUGUUGGUGGAGCAAAGUUUGAUUUACAUCAUGGAAAUGCUGGCCCUAAUGUCAAACACAAAAGAGGAGACGAUGACGAUGAAGAUACAGAAAGAGAACUGAGAGAAAAAGCUUUCUUAAUACCUUUGGAUUCUUCCCCUGGUAUAAUGCUCCAGGAUCCAAGGUCACAACUGAGACAGUUUAGUCACAUUAAAAUGGAUAUUACCCUAACCAAACCCAACUUUGCAAAACACAUCGUGUGGGCUCCAGAAGACUUACUUCCAGUCCCUUUACCUAAACCUGACCCAGUAUCUUCAAUCAAUUUACCUCUGCCCCCUCUUAUAGCUGAUCAGAGGCUCAGUAGGUUGUGGAAUACAAAAAGUGAUCUUCGUCAAAGCACAGUACCCACUGAUGCAAAACUAGCAGGCAAGGCCAAAAUUAACACGGCAAACAGAGAAGGCUACCUAGACCAAUUUGGAGACGCACAUAGUUCAGGAAGUAAGUUAGGAGACCCUAGGCUGCAAAAAAGUUUUGAUCCUAGACUUCACAGACUGCAUAGUACAGAGUCUCAUCAAGCAGUUAUGAAGGAUUCACAUACAUCAAAGGGUGCCCCUCAUGUAGCCAGAUCAAACUCUGGUUCAUCACAGCCCUUAGGGGCAGUAUCUAGCAAUUCUGGUCCUGGGGCUUUGCCUCCAUAUGCCCCUAAACUCUCAUCUUCAGCUGGCCUUCCCCUGGGAACUCCAGGUUCAGUCCUUAGUGCUAUUAGUUUGUAUGACCCUAGGGAGCAUAGUUCAUCAUCUGCAUCAGAGCCAGCAACAGAAAAUGCAGAGAGCCAGAAAAAAAGUGGUGGUUUAAAAAGUAGUGAUAAAAACGAGCCUCCUACUGGAGAAGCAGUCCUACCACAGAAAAUCGCUCCAAACGUGGACGUCCUUGUUGAUGGGCCAGCUGACCCAGAGGCAGAUAUUCUUGGGAGUUCCGGUACCGUUCAGGUCCCAGCAGUGCACAGUCUUCCGAUUCAGGCAUUAACAGGCUUAAUUAGACCCCAGUACAGCGAUCCAAGACAGUCAAAGCAGCCGGGUCAGGUGAGCCCCACCCCAGAUGAUGACCCUCGUAGAGCAACAGAUGACAAAUCUCUGAAAGAGGUUUUUAAAACUUUUGAUCCAACUGCUUCACCGUUUUGUUAGCUAUUGUGUAAUUAAGCAGUUCUUUUCACUUCUUGUGACUAUUGCAGUCCCCUGCUGUUUUGUAACUGGUUUACCUCUAUAGUUUAUUUAUUUUUAAAUUAUAAACACUUUUCAGCUGCUAGUAUCAGAACCACAUGAAGUUAUAUCCUCUAAAGCCUGUGGUAUUUUAUAUAAUAUUUUUAUAAUUUUAAGAGACUGUAGUAAUUGACAUAGAAACCUAUAUAUCACGUUAGCUUCAGUAAAAGUACUUUUAUUGUAAAUAAACCAUCAUGAACUCAACACUCUGCCUGAAUAUAUGCCAGUUGUCUUUCAUAAUCAGUGUUUAGAUAAAUGAUUACCACUUUUAUAUGGUUAUUAGUUUCAAGCAAUAUAAUGUACAUUACUUUUCAGAAACAGUAUUUUGACUAGGAUCCUAUUUGUCAACACAGAACUGAUUAAUAUGUAAUGCUGACUGCUAGCUAAAAUGUAAAAUGAAGUAAAACAUUUUUAAAAUCAUAAUUAGCAGAGCAGUUCAUGUUUAAGGGCAUCACUUUUAUUAGUACUGGCAAUAUUAUUUGUGUAAAUGAAGCAUUUGAAUGUUGUACCUUUUAAAAGUAUUUUAUGGUAUACUGUAUCAUAGAAGUUGGAGAUAUAUAAAUAGAAUGUUUUGCUAAAAUGAAAAAUUCCCGAGUUCUCUAACAUAACUUUUUAAUUUUUCAUAUUAAUAGUUAUGAGUUACUGCUGUGUUACAUUAUGAUGUUUAUGCGUUUCGAUGUUUUUUGUCUUUAGCAGCAUAAUUUAUAUUACUUUUUCAAAUGAUGUAGCUGCAAUAAUUGUAUUCAUCAUGACUUUGGCAAUUUUUAACAAAAUUUUAAAAGAUCCAGUGAGUCUGUGGUGAUUAUUUCAUUGAUAAUGUUUUAAAUGUCCAGGUUCUAUAUUUUUUCUUAAAUAGCGAGAAAACACAGAGAUGGUAUAGUCAACUGUAUAUGGCUACCAAUAAAGAAUCUCUUUCAGAUCUCA